AUGGAUGAAUAUAUCUGCACUUUAUUCCUGCUAUUAUCUUUGCUGUCAAUUCAGACGCUGUGUUUGGACGGAGACGGUUUGGUACUUGUGCCCAUUGAACUCGCUCCGAUCCCCUGUAAUGACAAAGCAGUGGAGAAGCUGUCUCGCCUGGCUGUCACUUACAUCAAUGAGGACCGUGCUGAUGGUUAUAAGUUCGCCCUCAACCGCAUUGCAAAUGUCCAUCUGCACGCUCAGGGCCCGGCAGGCAAUGUGUAUUACCUGGACCUAGAUGUCCUAGAGACCAAGUGUCACACGGGCAGCCCAAAACCAUGGAAACGGUGUGACGUCAGGCCAUUCAUGGAAACGCAAAUCUCUGGAAACUGCAACACCACCAUCCUCCACACACAGGAUGGGUAUUCAUACCUGUACAGCUACGACUGUUUCCUUAUCCCAGAUCCUCCAGAGAAGCUCCAGAAGACAUGUCCAACGUGUCCCCUCCUGCUGCCUGAAGACAGUCCACAGGCCAGUAGUGCAGCUCAGAUCACUCUGGCGUCCUAUAAAAGAAAAUCCAUGUUGGGUGCAGGUCUCGGGGUAAAGAAGAUCACCAGAGCUGCAGCGCAGACUGUGCCAGUGAAAGCCACCUUUGUAGAGUACACGGUCCAACAGUGUCCAGAGGGAAUAACAGAAAGAGGAACCUGCCACAGACUGACGCUCAAAUCUGACACAGAGACGACUGGUUUCUGUACGGGAUCUGUGCUUGGAGACUUUAACAACCAUCCAGAGGUUCAGGUUUCCUGUGAGAUGUUUAAAGUACAGAACGUCGACAUACUCACACCGCUGCAGCCUCAGGGUCACGACCUCCCCCAAGACCCUGUACUCCCGACCCUCCUCCCACCUCUAGUCACCGACCCAGGAAAUUAUCCAGAGCCGGAGCCAGAGCCGGAGCCAGAGCCAGCUCCCGCCGACCCCACGCUGCCCCCUGCCAUUCAACCGGAACCAUUCGACCCCGCACCCGCCCCCCCUGCGCCCUUUGACCCGCCUGUUGUGGCUAGACCCUCUGACCCCUUCCUCUCAUCCUCCAGUGAGUCUUUUGAAGUUGUAGUAAACCAUCAACAGCGUCCACCUGCUGUGGCGUCUUCGGUGUCAUCCUCAGAGGAAAUAGGAGGCCCUGUGGCCAUGCGCCCGCCCCUCAACUUCCGCUACCAAAGGCGUGACCGCAGAAAACGUCAGGCCUUAAUGGAGACCAUCCAACCCUCCCACAACCCCGUCUUCCUGACUGACUUUCCUGAUGGGCCCUCUCCUUUCCGGUCCUGUCCCGGACCUUCCCGGUACACCACGGUUUAA